AUGGUUGCCUUUACCAUUGAAGAAAUCCGUUCCCUUAUGGACGUUGUUACCAACGUUCGUAACAUGUCUGUGAUUGCUCACGUCGAUCACGGUAAAUCCACUUUGACCGAUUCUUUGGUCCAAAAAGCUGGUAUUAUUUCUGCUGCCAAGGCCGGUGAAGCUCGUUUCACUGAUACCAGAAAGGAUGAACAAGAAAGAGGUAUUACUAUUAAGUCUACCGCUAUCUCUUUGUAUGCUGAAAUGGGUGAAGAAGAUGUUAAGGAAAUUAAGCAAAAGACCGAAGGUAACAAGUUCUUGAUUAACUUGAUUGACUCCCCAGGUCACGUUGAUUUCUCUUCUGAAGUCACUGCUGCUUUGCGUGUUACCGAUGGUGCUUUGGUUGUCGUUGACUGUGUUGAAGGUGUCUGUGUCCAAACCGAAACCGUCUUGAGACAAUCUUUGGGUGAAAGAAUUAAGCCAGUUGUCAUCAUUAACAAGGUUGACAGAGCUUUGUUGGAAUUGCAAGUUACCAAGGAAGAUUUGUACCAAUCUUUUGCCAGAACUGUUGAAUCCGUUAACGUUAUCAUUGCCACCUACACUGACAAGGCUGUCGGUGACCUUCAAGUCUACCCAGACCAAGGUACCGUUGCUUUCGGUUCCGGUUUGCACGGUUGGGCUUUCACUGUCAGACAAUUCGCCACCAGAUACGCCAAGAAGUUCGGUGUUGACAGAGAAAAGAUGAUGAAGAGAUUGUGGGGUGACUCUUUCUUCAACCCAAAGACCAAGAAGUGGGCUAAGAAGGAAAAGGAUGAAAAGGGAAAGCAAUUGGAAAGAGCUUUCAACAUGUUCGUUUUGGACCCAAUCUUCAGAUUGUUUACUGCCAUCAUGAACUACAAGAAGGAAGAAAUCCCAGCUUUGUUGGAAAAGUUGGACAUUGUCUUGAAGGGUGCUGAAAAAGAAUUGGAAGGUAAGGCUUUGUUGAAGACUGUUAUGAGAAAAUUCUUGCCAGCUGCCGAUGCUUUGUUGGAAAUGAUUGUCAUUCACUUGCCAUCUCCAGUCACUGCUCAAAACUACAGAGCUGAACUUUUGUACGAAGGUCCAGCUGACGAUGAAUCUUGUAUUGCCAUCAAGAACUGUGACCCUAAGGCUGACUUGAUGUUGUACGUCUCCAAGAUGGUCCCAACCUCCGAUAAGGGUAGAUUCUACGCCUUCGGUCGUGUCUUCGCCGGUACCGUUAGAUCUGGUUUGAAGGUCAGAAUCCAAGGUCCAAACUACGUUCCAGGUAAGAAGGACGAUUUGUUCAUCAAGGCUAUCCAAAGAACCGUUUUGAUGAUGGGUAGAUUCGUCGAACAAAUCGAUGACUGUCCAGCCGGUAACAUUGUUGGUUUGGUUGGUAUCGAUCAAUUCUUGUUGAAAUCCGGUACUUUGACCACCAACGAAAACGCUCACAACUUGAAGGUCAUGAAGUUCUCUGUCUCCCCAGUUGUUGAAGUCGCUGUUGAAGUUAAGAACGCUAACGACUUGCCAAAAUUGGUUGAAGGUUUGAAACGUUUGUCUAAGUCUGACCCUUGUGUCGUUACCUCUAUCUCUCCAUCUGGUGAACAUAUUGUCGCUUGUACUGGUGAAUUGCACUUGGAAAUUUGUUUGAGUGACUUGCAAAACGACCACGCCGGUGUUCCAUUGAAGAUCUCUCCACCAGUUGUCUCUUACAGAGAAACUGUUCGUGAAAAGUCUUCUAUGACUGCCUUGGCUAAGUCUCCAAACAAGCAUAACAGAAUUUACUUGGAAGCCAGCCCAAUUGACGAAGAAUUGGCUCUUGCCAUUGAAAGUGGUAAGGUUAACCCAAGAGACGAUUUCAAGGCCAGAGCUAGAAUCAUGGCUGAUGAAUACGGUUGGGAAGUUACUGACGCCAGAAAGAUCUGGUGUUUCGGUCCAGAUGGUACUGGUUCUAACUUGGUUGUUGACCAAACUAAGGCCGUUCAAUACUUGAGUGAAAUCAAGGACUCUGUUGUUGCCGGUUGGCAAUGGGUCACCAAGGAAGGUCCUCUCUUUGGUGAAAACAUGAGAUCCAUCAGAGCUAACAUUAUGGAUGUUACUUUGCACGCUGAUGCUAUCCACAGAGGUGCUGGUCAAAUCAUGCCAACCAUGAGAAGAGCUGCUUACGCUUCUAUCUUGUUGGCUGAACCAAGAAUCCAAGAACCAGUCUUCUUGGUCGAAAUCCAAUGUCCAGAAAACGCCGUUGGUGGUAUUUACUCUGUCUUGGCAAGAAAGAGAGGUCAAGUUAUCUCUGAAGAACAAAGACCAGGUACCCCAAUGUUCAACGUCCAAGCCUACUUGCCAGUCAAUGAAUCUUUCGGUUUCACCACUGAUUUGAGACAAGCUACCGGUGGUCAAGCUUUCCCACAAAUGGUGUUCCACCACUGGUCCAUCAUUGAUGACGAUCCAAGUGAUGCUUCUACCAAGUCUGGUACUAUUGUCCUCGAAGGUAGAAAGAGACGUGGUAUGAAGGAAGUUGUUCCAGGUUACGAAGAAUAUUACGAUAAAUUAUAA